AUGGGUCUGCUAGCUCUUGGAACAGCCCUGGAAUGGGAAGAAGCCAAGAAACGAUCCGAUCAAGUGCGAAAAUGGGGUAUCGAGCAAUUGCUCGCUAUUUGGAAUCGUGCCAAAGGGAAGGAGCGCGAUGCUUUGCUCUGGGGUGAUGAGGUCGAGUACCUCGUGGUAGCAGUCGAUGACGAGGCAAAGAAGGCGCGUUUGUCUUUAGCUCAGGCCGAGAUUCUGAAGUCUUUGGCUCGGGAUGAGGCUUUGUGGAAGACAAACGGCUCCAACCCUGGUCAUGGGAAAGAGCAUGAAAAUGAGGACCCUCCCCAUUUCCACCCCGAGUUUGGCCGGUUCAUGCUCGAGGCUACUCCAGGUCAGCCAUGGGGGAUUGACUUCAAGGAUCUUUUGAAAGUGGAAUCGAACAUGAAGUGGAGACGGGAAAUUGCAAAGUCACAUAUGGCUGAAAACGAGUAUCCCAUCACACUCACAACAUUCCCCCGUCUGGGUACAAAGGACGACUAUAUCCAACCUUAUUACCCUCCAUCUGGACCAGCGCUGCGCUCGCAAUUCGUUCCAGAUGAGAUCGCCAACCCUCACAUCAGAUUCCCAACACUAGCAGCGAACAUCAGAUCAAGAAGGGGCCGGAAGGUCGAACUGAAUGUUCCUGUCUAUGUGGAUAAGAAUACUCCAGUACCAUUCAAUGACCCAACGGUCAAUUAUGACCUUCACACCUGGCCUGAAGAUAACGAUGUCCGGAACGGAGCUGCAAAGGAAGGUCAUGUUUACAUGGAUGCAAUGGCGUUCGGAAUGGGCAGCUGCUGUCUGCAGAUCACAUUCCAAGCGAAGAACAUCACCGAGGGACGAAAGCUCUAUGACCAAUUGAGCCCUCUAGGACCAAUCCUUCUGGCACUGACAGCUGCGACGCCGAUUUAUAAAGGAUUUCUGGUUGAUACAGACGUCCGGUGGAAUCAAAUAGGAAAUGCGGUCGACGACCGGACACGGGAAGAACUAGGUGAACUACCCCUGAAAAACGACCGGUGGAGAAUCCCCAAGUCUCGGUAUGGCUCAAAUUCGACAUAUAUCUCUCAUGAUCCCCGACUACGGAAGGAGUAUCUGGAUCCGGGUCUGAUUGUCGAUGAGGAUAUUAAGAAGCGACUCGUGGAGGGUGGCAUGGAUGAUUUGCUGGCGACCCAUUUCGCGCACCUUUUCAUCCGUGAUCCCUUGGUCAUUUUCUCGGAGGAUUUGGAAGAGUUGGAUCUCAACAAGGCAGAUCAUUUUGAGAACCUACAAUCAACGAACUGGCAGCAUAUGCGGUUCAAGCCUCCCCCACCGGACAAGGCCGAUAUCGGCUGGCGAGUUGAGUUCCGCUCAAUGGAGAUCCAGAUGACUGACUUUGAGAACGCUGCAUUCAGUAUCUUCAUUGUGCUCAUCACUCGUGCUAUCCUCAGUUUUGACCUCAACUUCUAUAUUCCUAUCCAGCGGACCACUGAGAACAUGGAGACAGCGCAUGCUCGCAAUGCCGUUCAUGACCGCAAGUUCUAUUUCCGCAGGAAUCCUUUCUCGCGCCGUGUCAGACAUAAUCAACGUUCGACCACCGCUAGCGAGGUGUCGUCAGCUACUUCUUCUGCGAACAACACACCGCCGCCAUCGCCGCCUCUUGGUCCCGUGGACUUGGAGUACGAUCUUAUGACUAUUAACGACAUUAUCAACGGUUCUGAUGACGGAGGCUUCCCGGGUCUGAUCCCCCUCGUCGAGUCCUAUUUGAAUAGUGUCAAUGUGGAUGUGGAAACCCGGUGUUCCCUCGCUACAUACCUUGACCUGAUCAGGAAACGAGCAAACGGAACGCUCUGGACAGGUGCUCGGUGGAUCCGGGAAUUCGUUGCUUCCCAUCCGGCGUAUAAGCAGGACAGUGUAGUCUCAGAAGAGAUUUGCUAUGAUCUUGUGAAAGCCGUUGAUGAGAUGGCCGUGAAAGAAGGCAGAGACGGAAGUGCGGGUUGGCAAUUACUCAGAGGACGAAAAUAA